AUGGCAACUUCAGUCGUCGUCGCUCUUUUGGUUCUGGCUCUCGGUGUAUCUGCUCAGGUCGGAAGCGGUGUCAUUGGCUUCGGUAUUUCGCUCUAUCAAGAUCUAUGCUGCCAGGCGUGCCACGACUCACUCUCUUCGUUAUGGUUGACCUGCACCACUUUCAGCAAUGCGACAGCCAGCAGCAUGCCGGGCAUGUCUGAGUGUUAUGCCUCGAACACUCCCUGGCUUCAGACAAUGGCAUUCUGCAUUCAGCAGCAUUGCACCGCCGAUGGCUACCCCGCCGAUAAGCAGGCUGAAUGCUUCAGUAAUCAAGCGGUCGGCGGAGGACGAUCGCCGACAUUCGAGCAAAGCAUGCCCUUCAUAGCACCCACCAUCGAGCUUGCGGCCAAUGCCACCUGGCUCAACAUCACAAGCUUGGUGAACAGCGAGGUGUACUCUUCGACUUACGGCAGCGAAGGCGAGUUCCGCAGGUCCGAGUAUCUCCACUCAACAUACGCCCUCACUUUGUACCUCGUGGUUAUUGGAGGAUGUCUCGCUUGUGGAGUCUUGACGCAACUCGCGGCUGCUUUCCCUUCAAUUCACAGACGGCUUCAAGCAUCCAGAUUCUGGCCAAAGCUACGAGAGUACAUCUUCCUGCCAGGUUUAGUAGGAUCUCGACGAUUAGAACCUUUGCCUGGUCAGGUAGGCUAUGUUCCUCGCCGAACUAUCAGCAUCUUCAUUGCCAUCUACAUCACUCUGAACGUUGUCUUCUCUGCCAUCGGGUUUGGCAGCUUUCAGCCGAACAUCAACUUCAAAUCCAAGGGUUUUGAGCUUUGCGAGUAUGUAGGUAAUCGCACUGGAAUUCUGAGCCUGGUCAACGCGGGGCUCGCUAUCUUAUUCGCUGGCCGCAACAACCUCUUGAUCGCUCUGACAGGAUGGAGCCUCACGACUUUCAUAACCCUUCACAGAUGGGUUGCACGGAUCGCUACCGUGCAAGCUAUCGCGCACUCGGUUGUGUAUACACUGGCAUAUUGGCAACCUGGCUAUGACGGGUUUUCAGCGUAUGUUGCCAAAGUUGCGGAACCUUUCUACUACUGGGGAAUUAUCGCCACCAUAUGCUUCAGCCUGGCCAUGGGGGUUGCUAUUCUUCCGAUGCGGAUCAACUUCUACGAGACUUUCCUAGCUCUCCACAUUGUCCUCGUAGCUGCCGCGUUGGCUGCAUGUUGGUACCACAUAGUGCCCCAUUUCACCCUGGCUUUCGGCUACCAAACCUGGCUUUACAUCUGCUUCGCAUUCUGGGCCUUCGACCGGACAGCGAGAUUACUUCGCAUUGCUAUGUUCAAUCAUAUUGGCGGCUCACAGGCAACACUUGAGGCAAUUCCGGAAUCGAAGGUCAUGCAGCUGACAGUGUACCCUCGGAGUAUGAGAGGGUUUGGCCCUGGUCAACACACUUUCCUCUACUUCCCAGGGUUGGGAAUGUUCUGGCAAAGUCAUCCUUUCAGCGUCUCAGGCUGGAAGACCAGGACCAGCCCUUCGUUCAAAGUCAUCGCUGGAGUCCCGCCUACAGACACAAAUAAGACAGAGACGAAGAACAACUCCGAUAUUGUGGUGCUCUCUAAUGGGGUUGUGGACCAGGGUCCAAUGUCCGUUUCGUUCUUGAUUCACCCCCACAACGGAAUCACCGCGCGACUUCAGCAACGUCUUGCGUCCUCCAGCAAUCCUACCAUGGAUAUCACGGUAUACACCGAGGGGCCAUACGCAGGCCACCGAGCAAAGCACCUACCUCUGCUCAACGUUGAUACAGUACUCUGCAUCGUUGGUGGAAUUGGGAUAACUGGCGUCCUUGGGUACAUCCAAGAAUACGCCACUGCGUUGCACAAUGCCGAUGAAAUAUCUCAGAGAGGCGCUGGUAUAAUGAACAGAACAAAACGGUUCAUAUUGGCAUGGUCUGCACGGGAGAUCUCACUCAUUGAAUACGUAAGACAGAAGUAUCUUGACGGGGCGGCCGGCAUCGAAAGCUCAUUCUGGUGUACGGAUGCAACUGUCUCGAAGCUACCAUUCAAGAAGGAUGGCAGAUAUGAGGUGGAUAUGACUACGACGGGAGUCAUUCUUGGUAGAAUGCAUGUUGAGACUCUGGUGAAGUCUUGCCUGGAGAAAGAGUGCCGGACCGCUGUCUUGGUGUGCGGUCCUGGCAGGAUGGCAGACGAGGUCACAAAACAUGUCGUGAACGGAGUGAAAGAUGGCUUCACCGUCGACUUGAUUGAGGAGUCCUUUGCAUGGUGA